AUGGGCAACCCCUACGCCCAGCGCGUCGCGCCCCCGGCGCUCAAGCGCAAGGCGAGCCCGCCGAAGGUCGGCCGGGCCGCCGUCGCGGAGCGGGAGCUGCAAGCGCUCAAGAAACAAUCGCGCAAGGCGAGAGCGCUCUACAAGGGCUGGCAGCGCGACCUGACGGAGGUCACGGAGCCCGACGCCGAGUUUUUGGAGAGCGUGCUGACCCUGGCCGAGACGGCCGGGUCCUUGGCCGCGUCGUCGUCGGAGUGGGAAUUGGCCAAGCUCUCCGACGACAGCGCCUUCGCGGACGUCGUCGAGAAUCGCAUCGACGCGGCGUUGCUGAAAGCAGGCGGAGAGCCGACGGUUGAGCCCGCGGCAGAGCCAGCGGCGGAGCCGACCGCGGCCGAGCCCGCGGCAGAGCCAGCGGCGGAGCCGGCCGCGGCCGCGCCGACGCCCGCCGGCGCGGCGCCGAGCGCCCUGACCCAGGAGCUCGCUCAAGCGAGAGCCGAGCUCGCGACCGCGAGCGGCGCGCUCGACGCGACGCUGGCCACUGCAUUAUCAGUAAAGACCGCUCCUACAUCCACAAUAGACUUCGAGCUCAGCCGCUUCGCCGAGCCGCCCCAGCCGUCAAUAGAAGCGCCGCUGACGAACGCAUCCAUAAAAUUCGCGGAGAGCUUCGGCGCGCCGCGGCGGACGCGGGCCUCGACGAAGCCCUCCUACCACAAAAUAGAAGCCGCCCUCGCGCUGAAGAAGAAGCGACCGGCGUCGUCCGAGGCCAACUCUAUUUUAAGAGCAUCUAAGAGGAAGGGCCUGACGCUGCAGGUCAUUCCUUUUGGGGAUGAGGCGUCGUCGCCCAAGACACGCAAUCGCAAAGGCGCUAAAAGAACAGAUCCUCCCAAAACGAGGGAGGAGGCGCGGAAGCGAAGGAGAGAACAGGACCUGCGGGACGCGUUUUAUGAUAGAGCCAAGGCGAUCCCCGAUUUGGACCGUGACGGUGGACUCAUCGACGGGCCCGGGGCUUGUAAGGUCAACAGAGCGGGCAAUCCCAGAAGGGUGCCGGACUUCGCGCGCGACUUCUGGACGGCGAACCCGGCGACGGCGCCGGACGCGAUCGCCUUUGGACUAGCUCUACAUACUUUUAGUUUGGUGGAAGGCUCGGGUGGCGGCGCGGGAUUGUCGGUAGAAGCUCUAAGGGACCGCGCACCUGUCGAAGACCGCAAAGUCGUGUGUAGGGAGGAACUGGAGACAUUGUCGUCGAAGGCCGACAUCGACGCCGCGGCGCGACGCGCGGCGCGCCACGCGGCGCAUAAGCGCGAUGGGGUGGUUCUGCAGCCGAGGUUACAUGACGGUACCGCUGGAGAAGGCAAGAAGUUAUUUGGUUCUUCAGCACCGGGCGCGGACGCGGCGGAAGGAGCGUCUCUGUUGGAUCUGAAGGCGUAUGGGCGGGAACGGAAGGGCUUCCAAUCUACUUCGAGGUUUGAUGCCCAUCACGGUUUAGAAGAGCAUGCCUCCGUCUACACGCUGCAGUGCUUCUACCGGAAACGCGCGGAGCGGCGGAACGCGCUCGCCAUAAAAAUAGCAAGGUGGUACUUGUAUCACGACGCGCGGUACACUCAUAGGGAAAUGCGCAAGGCGGAGAUCGCCGCUGCCAAAAAGAUCCAGGUGUUUGUCAAGGAGGUGAUCCGUCAAACGCGACUGAAGAUUAGUACGAGGAAGAAGCUGGCGAUGAUGCUGAGUCGCACGUUGCGGUUCUACUGGCUGCGGAAGGUUAGUCAUAGGAACUGGAAGCGGUUGCAGCGGGAGAAGAGGGAGUGGGCCGGUAGUAGCAUAGUCUUGUUCGUCCGAGCGUGUCGACGACGGUACUGGCUCAAGAAGCGCCAGGAGGCGACGCUGGGACGAGCCCAGAUCGUCAUCUCGCAAAAAUGGCGCACCCGCCUACAAUCGAAGGAGUUCCAGGAGAUGCGGUCCGAGACGAAGGCGCGACUGUUGACCAAUAAAAUGAAGAGUUAUGGAGCGGCAGCUCGGUUCCAACGAGCGUGGCGCAACUACGCGCAGUACAUCUACUUCCCUUGUGUCUACGCGAUGCAAAAGUUCUUCCGGGCCUGCUGGAUGCUUAAAAAAAUAAGAAGGCAGCGCCUGGCGGCUUCUGUCAUGCAGACCUUCCCGCGCAUGGUCCUGGGCAUGAACAAGAUGAAGGACCGGAAGCGGGCCGUCGUGGCGUUCGAGCGGCAGCGUUGCGGCAAGGAGGAGGAGUUCGCUCAACAGGAAGCCGACAAGGCUCUCGCGGAGAUCGACGCUAAAUUGAAUAAGAAAGCGAAGGACGUGAGGAAGUUGCUGAAGGAGGCUUCGAAGGAGUUGGUUGCUCGGGCGAAGAGUACGCAGAUCCAGGCGGGCCCGUCGCCCUGGGAUGAUGAGGCCGCCCAAGAAGUGCCCGUGUUCACGGAACCUUUACCUCCCAUCCACGUGCCUCCGAACCAGAAGCCGGGGUGGUGUUCGCGCCGCGUCGCGCCCGAGGAGCCGUCGUCGCCCCAGCCGGCCAACGCGGCGAAGAUGGCCGCGCCGCCACCUGUCGCGCCGUCGACGCCGCGCUGGCGGCCGAACCUCACACCCGAGGAGAAGGAGCUGCGGGCUAUCAGUGCUGAUCGCAAGCUCGCGACGAAGGUCGCGCGACGCGCCAAACGUCAAAUUCUGAAGCGCAUGAGCAAGGAGGAACGAGCCGCAUACGACGCGCAUCUGCUCAAGCUCGGCAAGGUCGGCGAGUGGGCCCCGGAGCACCACGAGGAGCAGAAGAAGCAGAGGAAAAAGGAAGAUCGAUUAAUCAGUAAGAGAGAACGGGCGCGCGAUAAACGCCUGAUACGGGAGUCGAAGCGCGCUCGCGCAUAUGAACUGAAGCGGAGGAAGCGGGCCAUUAACCGGGUCAAGAAUGACAUUAAGAGGACAUCUAGGAAUCAGAAGAAUUGGCCGAAAGUCCACGCGGACGCGGCCUUCGCCGUAGCACUCUUCACGAGGAACGGGGGCUUGACCGAAGAACGCUUGCGUUUGGCCUGUGCUGGUUUGCAGAAGGUGAGGGGACCGACGUCGAAGGUCAAGCCCUACGCGCACAACGAGCCGCCUCGUCCGCGGACCGUCCGAAGAGAAAAGCUAUUAGGUACGGAGGAGGCGACCCAUUGGCUCGCAGAUGUCGCAGCAGAAGCUAGGCCCUACCACCCCCGGUUCCGCUUUGAAAACCGCACGCGCUUCUCUGGAAUAGUAAAUGCUGCUGCCAGAUAUAAGGUAAGAAUGGAUGCGCGAGAUGCCAAGUACAAGGAGGCUUUAGCGGAGUUCCGGGAAGUAAACCCGCCGCGCCACGCCUGCGCCAAGUGCGGCAUGCCCUUCGCGCUGCUCGACGACCUCAAGCAACACAACGUCGACGGGUGCCCCCACGUGGACGCGUUCUGGCAGGCCGAGAAGCAUCGUUUGCCGGAUCCCAACGAAGAGGAAUAUGUCACGGAGAGCUCGUCAGACGACGACGAGGAGUUCGAGGAACCGGCGGUCAUCGAGGGGGCGACCGUCGAGGAGUCGGCGGACCGGCCUGCAACGACCGCGUCGGACCGGCCGGGGACGACGGCGUCGACGGCGUCGCGCCCGCGGACCAAGGCCGAGCGCCGCGCGGCGCGGGAACAGAAGGAACGGGACCACCUCAACCGGCAGACGAGGAAAGAAAGAGACCUGAAGACGCGCGAGGGGCGGUCUCGCAAGUUGUCAUUUGGAGAGGCCUCGCGGGCCACCGACCCCUCGCGGCGUGCGCGCAUGACCAAGGCCGAGCGCCGCAAGCGCGACGACGAGGCGCGCGAGCUGUUCUUAUCCAAGUGGAGCCUGCCCGACGGCUCGAAGACCGUCUACAAAGAAGAGGAACUGGCCGAGGCACUCUGCCCAUGGGUCGGCGAGCGGCCUUCGCUACUGCCCGUGGGGCACCGGCUCGCGGACGCGCGGGUCACGGACGCGUCGAGGGAGCCGCGGCCGGUGACGCAGCCCGUGCGGUCGGGCAACAAGUGGAUGUGGGGCUAA